GAACACAACCAUCUCUUCCAAACCAAUAUAGAAAAAAAACUCCAUCUUUUCCAAAACCCAUCUGCAGAAGAAGCACUAUAACCAGACAUUUUCUGACCAAUAAAAAAAAUGGCUCUGAUGAGAGGCCUCAUGGGUGCAAAGAAGAUCCUAAGCAGAGGAGCUUCUGCUCCAAAGGGAUUCCUUGCUGUAUAUGUGGGGGAGAGCAAGAGAACGAGGUAUUUGGUCCCGAUUUCGUACUUGAAUCAGCCCGCAUUUCAAGCUCUGCUUAGUAAAGCAGAAGAAGAGUUCGGUUUCGAUCAUCCGACUGGCGGCUUGAUGAUCCCUUGUCCGGAAGCCCUUUUCAUGGAUGUAACUUCCCGGCUCGGAGGAAGAUGACCCUGAGGAAACAUGAACGUUUUUUCUUUUUUUUUCCCCGAUGUAAAGACGGAGAAUUAGAUGUAAAUAGAUACACACUUCUUUCUCAUAUCUACAUAUGGAUACCGCUUUUUGUGUAACAGAAGAGAGUGUCAACACAGAGUACAGAGAUUGUAUUUUAUGAGUUCACUUCCUAACAAGUAUUCGACA